UACACCAGUCAUCAUUUAUGACGUGAGUCACUAACUCACGAAGUUUGAAAGACGACAAAUUUCAUAAUUUCGUAAUGUCACACGUCUAAUUCGUGACCGAUUAAUUAACGCUUUUCAGUAAAAGAUUUGCUUUUCCUUAUAUGGUAAUCCUGGUUAACUCGAUGCUUAUCAUCAGAAUUCGGACGUAUCGGGUUUCUCGGUAAAAUAAAAACAAAAAAAAAAACCUUAACAUCAUCUCAAAUAUUUGUCUACUGUUAAUACGAACUUUUCAUUUAUAUUAUAAUUCUAUUAUAUUGAAAACAACGUUUGCUCAAUUACAAUUCUCGACUACUUACUUUACCAUCAGUAUAUGAACACAAUGUCCUAUUCUAAUAAGUACAUAUAUUCAACACUACCACGUACGCAAAGAGGACAACCUAUUGUUUUGGGUGGUGAUCCUAAAGGUAAAAAUUUCCUGUACACCAAUGGCAACAGUGUCAUUAUACGCAAUAUAGAGAACCCAGCAAUAUCAGAUAUCUAUACAGAACACUCUUGUGCUGUAAAUGUUGCAAAGUAUUCUCCCAGUGGAUUUUACAUAGCGUCUGGCGAUCAAUCAGGAAAAAUUAGAAUAUGGGAUACUGUAAAUAAGGAGCACAUUUUGAAAAAUGAAUUUCAUCCUAUCGGUGGUCCAAUUAAAGAUAUUUCCUGGUCUCCAGAUAACCAACGUAUGGUGGUUGUAGGUGAAGGACGAGAAAGAUUUGGUCAUGUAUUUAUGUCAGAAACUGGUACUUCAGUUGGUGAAAUAUCUGGUCAAUCCAAACCAAUUAAUUCAUGUGAUUUUCGCCCCAGUCGUCCAUUUAGAAUAGUGACUGGUAGUGAAGAUAAUACAGUUGGUGUUUUUGAAGGGCCACCAUUUAAGUUUAAGAUGACUAAACAAGAACAUUCAAGAUUUGUACAAGCUGUGCGUUACUCACCCAAUGGCAAUUUAUUUGCAUCUGCAGGCUUUGAUGGUAAAGUAUUUUUGUAUGAUGGAACCAAUGCCGAUCUUAUUUCUGAAAUGGGUAGUCCAGCACACAAAGGAGGAGUUUAUGGAGUUGCUUGGAGUGCUGAUAGUACACGUUUGUUAACAUCAUCUGGUGAUAAAACAUGUAAAUUGUGGGAUGUAGAAACAAAAUCUGUUGUCAGUGAAUUUGUGAUUGGAAACCAAGUAGAGGAUCAACAGGUGUCUUGUUUAUGGCAAGGAAAUUAUUUAUUAACUGUUUCUCUAAAUGGUUUCAUUACCUACUUGGAUGUUAAUAACCCAGAGAAACCCAUACGAACCAUUAAGGGUCAUAACAAGCCAAUUACAGUGUUAGCAUUAAGUCCUGAUCGUAGCACUAUUUACACUGGUUCUCAUGAUGGAAACAUUGUAAAUUGGAGUAUUGAAAAUGGUGAAAAUGACAGGGUUAAAGGUGUAGGUCAUGGAAAUCAAAUAAACGGAAUGAAAUUGGAUAAUGACUAUUUAUAUACUUGUGGAAUUGAUGACAGUCUUAGACAAGUUGAUGUUAAAUCCAAUUCAUAUACAGACUUACAAGUUAAAUUAAAUGCUCAACCACGAGGAAUGGAUUUUAAUAGUAACGUAUUAGUUACAGCUACAAUAAAAGAGAUAAUUAUAUUAAAGAAUGAAAAGAAAGUUUUUAAUUUGCCAGUGGAUUAUGAACCUUCCGCUGUGGCUAUUAAUCCAGAUGCAAGUUUUAUUGCAGUUGGAGGUGCCUUGGAUAAUAAAGUACAUGUGUACAAGUUUAAUGACUCAACUAAUGCUUUGGAAUAUGCAGCUGAUUGUGAUCAUUUGGGACCUAUCACAGACUGUUCUUUUUCACCUGAUGGCGAAUACUUAGUAGCAAGCGAUGCUAAUCGUAAAGUUAUUUUAUACAAAGUACCAGAAUUUAAUUUGGCGCACAAACAAGAUUGGGGCUUCCACAACGCACGUGUGAACUCUGUAGCCUGGUCGCCAAACUCUAAACAAGUUGCAAGUGGAAGCUUAGAUACUACCAUCAUUGUGUGGAGUGUUACUUCACCUAACAAACAUACAAUAAUUAAAAAUGCUCAUCCUCAAAGUCAAAUCACACGUGUACUGUGGUUGGAUGAUGAGACUAUAGUGUCGGUUGGACAAGACUGCAAUACUAAAAUCUGGAAUGUUACUCCAAUUUAAUCUAGAACUUCAAGUGAAAGUCUAUAUUUAUCUAAAAUAUUAAAUAUGUUUUUGAAUAA